AUGCAUCUCUCAACCUCGGCCCUUCUGGCCAUCCUCCCGGCCAUGGCCCUCGCCCAGGCCUCCGGAACCGGCACCACCACGCGGUACUGGGACUGCUGCAAGCCGAGCUGCGCGUGGCCGGGCAAAGGGUCCUCAUCGCCGGCGAAGACAUGCGACAAGAGCGACAGCCCGCUCAACGACAACGGCAGCAGCAAGUCGGCGUGCGACUCGGGCGGCGGCACGGCGUACAUGUGCACCGACCAGAGCCCGUGGGCCGUUAGCGACGACCUGGCGUACGGCUGGGCCGCCGUCAACAUCGCCGGCAGCUCCGAGAGCCAGUGGUGCUGCGCCUGCUAUGAGCUCACCUUCACCAGCGGGCCGGUCUCGGGCAAGAAGAUGAUUGUCCAGGCUACCAACACUGGUGGUGAUCUUAACGGCAACCAGUUCGAUCUUGCGAUUCCGGGCGGUGGUGUCGGCAUCUUCAACGCCUGCACCGACCAGUGGGGUGCGCCCCCCAACGGCUGGGGCGACCAGUACGGCGGCAUCCACUCCCAGAGCGACUGCGACAGCUUCCCUGAGUCCCUCAAGGCCGGCUGCAACUGGCGCUUCGAGUGGUUCGGAGGCGCCGACAACCCGGGCGUCACCUUCACCGAGGUUACUUGCCCGUCCGAGCUCACGUCCAAGAGCGGUUGCUCCCGUUAA